AGUUUCGUCCUUUCGCGGCCACCAUCAACAGAAUGUGGGCAAUUUAGACGGGGACUGUCUGGUCGCGGUUGUGUUUUGCAAAGCACUAUCUCAACAGCUUUACCUCUAAACAUUUGGACAGGUAAGAAAGCAGAAUGAUACAUCUCAGAUUCUUCUCGAAAGUUGCUUUUCUGCUGGGAGUCGCACUGCUGCCUCUACCGGCAGCAGCUUCCUACUUCCCCAAAGCCAUCUUCGGCACCCCGGUAAGAGCCUCAGUGGUUGCCCUGGACGGACCGGACUUCCGCGGUCAACCGGCCUAUCGCAUCGAGUUCACCGCCCUCACCAAAGAUGGCGAGGAAGCAGACAGCUUCAUCCACCGCAGCUACACCGACUUCCAGCUGUUUGAUGCCCUAAAGUCUUGGUACUACAAGGACCUUAAGCUUCCUAGCGAGGCCGAGGCGACCGUAGAAAGCCUGGACGCCUACAUCCAGGACACGCUCAUGAAGUACAACUCGCUGGCUCAGACGGUUCUAUACGGCGACUUCCUCGGGAUCAAUUGGGACGGGAACGACCCCAAGUACCUGAAGAACUACCUCAGCUUCAUGAAGUUCCUCAUCGUGGACCACCUGCCGACCUUCGCGCCCGAACCACCGGUCAUUGACAGCGAGGACGACACGCUAGAGCCCGUCACCCCGUUCGAGAACUACAUCUUCAUGCGCUCCUUCCGCCACGACGACAUGGGCUUCGAGGCCUUCUACGAGUACUACGAGAACUACGUGGCGACCCUUCCCGUCUUCGCCGGCGAGCCCGACCACUCGGACGUCUGGGCACCGGGAAUCACAUCCCCGGUCGAAUACCCGUACCACUAUGACAAGACAUACGUCCAUUUCAAUCCAGGCGGUUAUCUCAACGGCCAUACUGUUCGUAUGUCCUACAGCACCUAUAACAAGUUCAAUUUCGAGAGUGAGGGGAUUAUAAAGCCUUGGUUGGAGCAGCUCCAUGGUCAACGGAAGCCCAAGAGAAUCUUGGAGAUCGGGACGGGUACCUGUGCCUCUGCCUUCGCCUUGGGAGAGAUAUUCCCUAACGCUGAAGUCAUAGCAAUUGAUUUGGCCCCAGCAUACAUAAGAUUUUGCCGCAUGUGGAAGAAAAAGCGCGGCGCACCCAACGUGUUCUUCUAUCAGGCGAACGGGGAGGCAACGCCGUUCGAGUCCGAGUCGUUCGACAUUGUCCAGUUCACGUACGUGCUGCACGAAAUGCCGCAGCAGAACAGCAAGCGAGUCCUCCGGGAGAUCCACCGCCUUCUGAAGCCGGAGGGUGUGGUCAGUGGCUUUGACGUUCUCUACUGGCAGAAUCCGGAAUGGCGCCAGAUGAACGUGGAGAGCAGCACGUGGGGCGAGCCCUGGAACACCACUGGACAGCAUGGACCCGAGCCCUACAUGGACGAGUACCAGAACGGUUUGCAGCUGCCAAACUUCCUACAGGAGAUAGGAUUCCAGAUCCAGUAUAACAUCCGCUACAGCAACUUCGACGGGAUUUACGUUGCGCGAAAACCUCAUUUCCUGUUGUAGGAAAAUUCGAUCGUGCUCUUUUUGAGGUGUUGCUGAUAGAUUUUUCACUUUUCAGCUGGAUUCUUUAUCUGAUUUUUGCAGAUUUUGUUGCAUAAUGAAUCAUGUUUUUCUUUGGUUGAACGUAUAGCUGAUCUGGUGACGUUUCAGGUUGUUUUCGACGGUACUGGCACUAUGCUAUCAAUUUGAAUAUGCUCCUAUUAAGAGAUCAUUUUCGCAGAAAUUUGGCCAGCACUUUCCCAAAUGAGUCAAACUAAGCUGGUUGAAUCGGUACUCCACAUGACCAGAGUGACUGAUCACUCACGGUAGCCGAGAAGUCGGUAGAGUGGUUUCUGUUGACGUUUACUGUACCCUAGUGACAGCAAUGGGCUACAAAAGGACGUCAUAACGGUUAGGCAGUUCUAGUUGCCUAAGGAUCACAGUGAAGUGAACUAGGAUGUGUCACACUCUAGACACAUACUCAAUAUCAAACUGCCUAACUUU